AUAUACUAUCUUUUUUUUUUGAGGCCUCAUAACUCUAAAAAUACUUAACACAAUAAAAAGCUCUUAAGAUAAGCUACAUGAAUACGUAAUGAAAAAUACGGAUUUCCAUUAAAAAAUUUCAAAGUGAAUUUUACCUGGCCUUAACAAUGCUAUUUGUAAUCACACUAUUAUUACUUAAUAUGCCCUUAAAGCCCUACAACUUUUGUCGAAGCAUUUAUCUGAGAAAGUCUUUGGUUUCGAGUUAUUUAACUGUUGCAGGACUUUUAGGACACCCUGUAUACUUAACACAUUCACAUUUACACAGGAGAAAGAGAGAGACGUAAAUAUGUCGGUGAUACGACGUUGCGCGAAGCAACUACCGGCUUUACCGAGUUAUCGACGAGCUGCCACGAUAGGGUACGUCUUUUACGGCCUCGCGCCGUCUCAUUGCAGAGACCUAGACUCGCGUCUGCGAUCGCGUUUUACCCUACGGAUUUAUAGAAAUCUGUAAUAUUAGUACAUCGGAUACAAAUAACGCGGUGGUGCGUCCGCUGCUGGACGUAAACAGACAUUAAUCGCGAUGCGAUUCCUUCGAGGGAUGAUAAUUGCGAAUACUUCUUUUUGAUCGGUCUCGUUUGAUGCUCGCGUUUCCUCGAUGAAUGACGAUCUCUUGAUAGAAAGCGGAGGAUGUCCGGAGGAAUUCCACAUGCCGAUCUAAAAUAUUAAAUAUAAUAAGAGGUCUAUGAACAGGAUGGUCUACCUAAUAUGAUAUGUCAUCCGUGCAAAUAUCAAUUAGAAAAAUCUUACCAAUUUAGAAAAAAAUGUCAAGCUGCAGAUGCCAAACUCAGAAAACAUAUGAAGUUGAUACAGCAGUUGACUGGAGACAAAGAAGGCGAAAGCCAGGAUAGCAACAAGGAUGAUUCAAAGGAGUCCACCACUGGCAAAUCUAAACAAGUUAAACAGUUGUUAGCUGAUCUAGUUUCGACCAAAGGUGAGAAUAAUCAAGCAGACGGAGAUCCAAUCCAGGUAACAGAGGAGGAACUUGUUGGCGGAUAUAUCUUGGGAAUGAAUUCCGAAAAUCCGGAAAUGGAGGAAAAUGUUUCGGAGGAUCCAGAAAAUAUUACACUGGUGCCUUCCGAGGAACGAACAGCCAAGGCACGAUGCACAAUCAGAACAACGCGUAUUAAGCAGGAACAAGAAUCCGAGGAUGAAGCGGAAGAGGUGCAGAGAGCGAUCGCGAUUGCAGAUCACAAAAAUGUAUACAUGAUGGAACUUACCAGCAACAGUUCCACUCAAGGGGAGUCAUUGAAACUGCAGCCUAUGGAAGAUACCAUAGUUGACGCAAAUUCAGAACUGAAGGUAUUCAAGUGCGAUAAAUGUCCGAAAGCGUUUACUCGAAGAAUAAUGUUGAAGAGUCAUCAGUCUGUACACUCCACGCAGAGAGGUUUCACAUGUCAAGCAUGUGAAAAAUGGUUCCCGACAAGAUCUGCGUUGGUGAGACACGAACGUACACACACAGGCGAGAAACCAUUUGGCUGCAACAUCUGUCAUCGUGCUUUCGCGCAGAAGGAGAUCCUAUUCCGUCAUUUGAUGACACAUUCUGGUCAGAAACCCUUCCAGUGUCAACAUUGCGAGAAGAGCUUCACGCAGCGGGAGGCUCUUAAGGUGCACAUGCGCCGACAUCAGAAACUGAAUCCGAAUGAUAUCCAAUUGCAUCAUUGUCAGCUCUGUCCAAAGGCGUUUUGUCACGCAUCAGGUCUUAGCAGACACUUGGUCACGCACACUGGCAGAACGUACAAGUGUGUCGAGUGCGAGAAGUCUUUCACUGAUAAGAGCUCGUUGUUGAGACAUAGUCGUAUCCAUGCGCCCAAGAAAAUCAUAGCAAAUUGAGCAAUGAAUCUUCGUUGCUCAGUUUGUUAUGAUUUUCCUGGGAUGUCUAGGAUACAAAAAUACUUCUUUAAAACUGACAACCAAUUGUUAGAAUUAGACUUAAAUCAAUAAUAUCUCAUUAAUAAGAGAAAUCUCUACAAUAGGUUUUCAGAAGAAAGAAUCAAGAUUAUUUCAUUUUGCAAUAGUUUAGUCGCAUAAUAUUUACAUAUAAGCAAAUUCAAUAUUAACAAACAUUAAUUUUGAUUUUGAUCAUCCUUGUAUAAUUGCUGUAAAAAGGUGCAAUUUAAAGGAUAGAAUUAUUCUAAACAAUAUUUUUAUAUAUACAUUCUCCGAGGAAUAUACACACUUGACACGUACGCAUAAUGAAAUAUGUGGAACUUAAUAUUCAGUGAAUUUGGUCACCUAUGUUACAUUGCACUAGUGCAUACUGAAAACUACUAUAUUUUAAUAUACAGACAUAAUAUAAACAUUCUGACGAAGUUGUACAUACCCAAUAUCGUUACUUAUUUAAUCGUCAAAGUGCUUAUAUUGUGCACUUGUGCUUAAUAUA